AUGGCCGCUGGCACGGCAAUGGCUAUGGCACCUAACGGGCAUGGUCAUGCUCAUCGUCGCCAUCAUGUCGCCCGUAACCAGGAAGUAAAUGCUAGAGCUGAAGAUGCGAAUGUUAAUGUGGUCAUCACCACAAAGACCCUUGUCCAUGUGGACGUCGUCACUGUGUAUGCCACCGCCACCGCCCCCGUUGCCCCCGCAGAGACAAUGAGCUCUGUCGACACCAAGCCCGUCGUGAGCGCUAGUGUCGAUGAUUCCAUGCGCGUUCUGGAUGUGGUCCCAACGACUAUCAGCACCAGCACCACCACUACCACUAGCACUACGACCAGCACCACCACCACCACCACCACUACUACCACCAGCACUAGCACUAGCAGCUCCAGCACUACAGCUACUACUACCACCAGCUCUGGCUCCGGUGCCAGCUGGACAUCCGUCCCCUCUGACGGUGACUACUCGACCGACGGCUUCGGUGAACGUACCAACUCCUCCGGCUCAGGCAUCGAGUAUACCGGCAACGUGGGCAGCCCUUGGGGCAGCAACAUCAUCGAAGUGACCGCCGACAACGCCUACGAGUACAAGUACGUGGUGCAGUUCACCGGCAGCAACACGAACGACUGGUUUGUCUCGUUCUGGAACAAGAUCGGACCUGACGGCAAGAUGGACGGCUGGUACGGGCACUCCGCAUUGAACUUUACCCUUGCGGCCGGCGAGACCAAGUACGUUGCUUUCGAUGAGAACUCGCAGGGUGGAUGGGGUGCUGCGGAAGGCGACUCCCUGCCCACCGAUGAGUAUGGCGGUUAUGCCUGCACAUGGGGUGAGUUUGAUUUUGGAGAUACCGAUAACGAUGCCUGGUCCGGGUGGGAUGUGUCGGCUAUCCAGGCGCAAAAUGGCGAUUUGACCGUGCAAGGAAUGAAGAUCUGUCAGUAUAAUGGGGAUAAUUGCUCUUAUAUCACGACCGGUGCGGCGGAAGUCGUGGAUGCCUAUACGGCUGCCGAGGCCUCUGUUGAUGGUAUCGGAGGGACCGUGAGUUCUGGGGCUGUGAGAUUGGUGGCUAUCAUUGAUUAUAGUGCUUGAUUGGAUAUAUAGUCCAUAGAUUCAGUGAUGUAUGCAGGCAGAUCAGAUCUGGGGUAAAUACCCAUUCGGUUAGAUAGGCUGUGAUCUACGAAAUUGAUAUCAAUACUAAGCCGACUUCCAGAAUCACUACUUUAUCGUGGUAUCUGUGUUUCUGCAGUGAUGACACUCCCUCACUCCCCACUUAAACGGAUAUGAUUCGGGGCUGUCCUUCUACUGGGAAUGGCGAAUACGAGUACGAUUAUGAACCCUGCUCGAGAUAGGGCUUGCAAACAGCCUACUGCAGCAAAGGGCAGAUGACGCAUGCCUAGA